GGAGUGUUAAGGUCCUGCAGGAGCCCAGCUGCUUGUCCGACUAUGUCAGCACCUCUGUCUGUCAGUGGGAGAUGGACGGUCCCACCAACUGCAGUGCCGAGCUCCGCCUGUCCUACCAGCUGGACUUUAUGGGGUCCGAAAACCGCACGUGUGUCCCCGAGAACCGAGAAGGCGCGGUGUGCACGUGCAGCAUGCCGAUAGAUGACGUGGUCGGCACGGACGUCUAUCAGCUGGACCUGUGGGCUGGGAAGGAGCAGCUGUGGGGCGGCUCCUUCCAGCCCAGUGCGCAUGUGAAACCCAGGCCCCCCGGGAACCUCACGGUUCACUCCAACGCCUCCCACACGUGGCUGCUGAUGUGGACAAACCCGUACCCUAGCGAGAAUCACCUGUACUCCGAGCUCACCUACAUGGUCAACAUCUCCAAUGAGAACGACCCCACGGACGUGAGUGUGUGCGCUGGGAGGUUUCUCCAGACCUCUUGGGACUCGGGCGGGUGGAGACUGCCCUGA